CGGACAUGGUUGAGAGUUUGUCCAUUAGUGUGUUGUGGUCAGUGGAAGAAACUCGGUUGGGGGCGUCCUGGAACCUGCCCGCCUGAGCCGGUUUGUGUGGAACUGACGCUGUGGCUGGUAGGAGUCCACUUUUCCUACCCAUUCAAGGGCACUGCCAAGAGGCCCCGAAGAUCACACUUGUUCUGGGACCGGUCACCCUCAUGGACACCCCACAGGAGUUCUAUACAAGGGAUGUAGAAGGUGACAAGUCCCAACUGUGAGCUCACUUAGACGAUGGGGGACUGGAACCUGCUGGGAAAGCUCCUGGAAAACGCCCAGGAGCACUCCACCGUGGUGGGCAAGGUGUGGCUCACGGUCCUGUUCAUCUUCCGCAUCCUGAUCCUGAGCGCCGCCACAGAGAAGGUGUGGGGCGACGAGCAGUCGGGCUUCACCUGUGACACCAAGCAGCCCGGUUGCGAGAACGUGUGCUACGACAUCACUUUCCCCAUCUCCCACGUUCGCUUCUGGGUGCUGCAGAUCAUCUUUGUGUCCACACCUACGCUGAUCUACCUGGGCCACAUCCUGCAUCUGGUGCGCAUGGAGGAGAAGCAGAAGGAGAAAGAGAAGACUCAUCCUCCGAACAAGCCGGCCCUCGUCGUGGAUGCCCACAAGCACAAAAAGGCCUUGAUGAGAGACGAAAAAGGACAUGUGCGCCUGCAGGGGGAACUCUUGCGCACAUAUGUUUUUAAUGUCAUUUUUAAGACCCUCUUUGAGGUGGGCUUCAUUGUGGCCCAAUACCUGUUGUACGGCUUUGAGCUGAAGCCCAUGUACACAUGCGACAGGCCGCCAUGUCCCAACGCGGUCAACUGCUACAUCUCCCGACCCACAGAGAAAACCAUUUUCAUCAUCUUCAUGCUGGGCGUGGCCAGCGUUUCCCUCUUCCUCAACCUCAUUGAGAUCUACCACCUGGGCUUCACCAAGUGCCGCCAGGGCAUCACCUUUAGGAGAAGCAAUCGGUCACCCGAGACCAUGUCCAAGGGGCACAGCGACACCGAAGCGCCGUUCGGCCCGACGUAUGAUGACUAUUUCCACGAGCAUCGCCCUCCCAGCUACAACCUCUCCCCUCUGUCCGAGGGCGCCGAAUCAUCCUUUCAGCCCUGUAAUAGCAAAGCGGCCUACAAACAGAACAAGGACAACUUGGCGGUGGAAAGGAGUGGCAGCAAGCUGGAGGAAUGUGACCUGAAAGGAAAGAAGCGAGGAUCUGCCCCCGGGUCACCCACGCAGAGCAGGCAAGGCCGCAGUGCCAAGUACAGCAACAACAAGACUCGAAUAGAUGAUCUCAAGAUAUGAGACACGGCUUUCAGGGGGCGGAACGCUGAUGAAAAAAAAAUGUAUUCAUGGUGCAGGUUUGACUCAUUCCAAAUCAGACAUUCAUGGUCCACAAAGUUGAUUUUGUGAAACAUUUACAGUAUUGCAUAAAGGAUGCAGAAAAUGGCAAAAAGUCCAGCUUUUGAAGCAACACAAUUCCGUGGGACCUCUCAAGUUGGACACAAUCUGUCCUCAAUGCUGUUGUACUUUCAAAGUAAUUUCUCCAUUGGAAUUAAUUUCCUCAGCUCGGAAAAAACAUACUUUUUAGAACGGAUUCCUGACAAGUGUGACACCUUAACCACUCUAUAAUAAAACUAGCAAACUUGAAAGUAAAUCAAAACUAAAGAAAGUCAUCGUGCACAAUGCUGUCACGUUGUGGCAGGUGUUGCUGGAAGCGUUGCACAAUCAAAAGUAAUUGUAAAGUAUACCCCCUUCCAUCACAGGGGUUAUGUUGCAGGCCACGCCCACAAUAAGUGAAAUCCAUAGCAAAGAAAUACCAUGCUGAAACACUCCUUAGGAAACAUUUACAGCACUUUUUAAAGGAAUAUAAACUCACUCUAAAAUAAAACCAAAAAAUGUAAAAUACCAAGAGAGCGCAAGAUGACUGCAUAAGACAAAAAUAUAGCAGCGUACCAAUCCCUCCAUGUGCUGAUGGUGGUUGUCUGGUUAGCAUUCCGCCUCACAGUACAGAGGUGCAGGGUUUGAUUCCGGCUCCAGCAUUCCUGUGUGGAGUUUGCAUGUUCU